CUGGCUCUCCGUGCCUUCACACACUCACACUCACACACACACGCACAGCGGCCGCCGGCUCGCACCGCGUCACUUCACAUCAGCAGGCGAGCCCGCGGCUCCCGUCGGAGUGCUAGCCAUGCUGCGUCAGUCGGAGCCGACCUCCAGCACGCUGCAGCUGGUCGCCAGCGACAUGACCGACAUCGUGGAGAAGCUCGACACGCGAGAGCUCGACCUGGGAGACGGAGAGUAUGACACCACCGACGCCAGCCCCCCAGGCGAGCACCUGCCCUUCACGGCGAUCUACCACACGGUGGGUUUCAAAGAGGCCGAGGCCAAAGUCUUCCUCUCGGCUCCCAUCACCGCCAAGAUCCUGGAGGUGGAGCGCUUCACCUCGGCCCAGGACCGCUUCAACGUCACCAACCAGAGGAGCGUCAACAAGGCGAUGCCGGCGGUGUUUAAGAUCGAGCUGCGGCACGGUGAGUUCACCUGGCUGGUGAAGAGGAAGGAGCGGCACUUCCUGGAUCUGCACCGAGAGCUGCGCACCUACAAGACCUUCAUGAGGCUGCCGCUGCCCUCACGCAGCCACACGGUGAAGCGUCAGACGGUGAGGAGGAACGAGGCCCGGCAGAUGCCCAACCUUCCCCGAGGAGGAGGAGACGAGCUGGGCCGGGAGGAGCAGGUGUCCAGCCGCCGGAGACAACUGGAGGAUUAUCUGAACAAUCUGCUGAAGAUGUCGAUGUACAGGAACUACCACGCCACGAUGGAGUUCAUCGAUGUCAGCCAGCUGUCCUUCAUCCACGACCUGGGACCAAAAGGCCUAGAGGGAAUGGUGCUGAAACGCUCGGGCGGCCAUCGAAUCCCCGGCCUGAACUGCUGCGGCCACAGCAAGAUCUGCUACCGCUGGUCCAAACGCUGGCUGGUGGUGAAGGACUCCUUCCUGCUGUACAUGAAGCCGGACUCGGGCGCCAUCUCCUUCGUCAUGCUGGUGGACAAAGAGUUCAGCAUCAAGGUCGACUCCAAGGACACGGAGACCAAACACGGCGUCCGCAUCGACAGCCUGUGCAGGUCCUUGGUGCUGAAGUGCAGCAGCUACCGACACGCCCGCUGGUGGGGUCAGGCCAUCGAAGGCUUCAUCCAGAAGCACGGCGCCGCCUUCCUCACCGACCACCGCUUCGGCUCCUUCGCCAGGCAGGAGGAGAACAUCCCCGCCAAAUGGUAUGUGAAUGGGAAAACGUACAUGGAGGAUGUGGCCGACGCUCUUGAAGAAGCCAGAGAGGAAAUAUUCAUCACAGACUGGUGGUUGAGCCCAGAAAUCUUCCUGAAGAGGCCGGUUGUCGAGGGCAACCGGUGGCGUCUCGACUGCAUUCUGAAGCGAAAAGCGCAACAAGGAGUGCGGAUCUUCGUGAUGUUGUACAAGGAGGUGGAGUUAGCGCUGGGCAUCAACUCAGGAUACAGCAAGAGGACGCUGAUGCACCUGCACCCCAACAUCAAGGUGAUGCGUCACCCGGACCACGUCUCCUCGUCCGUCUACCUGUGGGCGCAUCACGAGAAGAUCAUCGUCAUCGACCAAUCGGUGGCCUUCGUGGGCGGCAUCGACCUGGCGUACGGUCGCUGGGACGACUUGGAGCACCGGCUGACGGACGUGGGGAGCGUGACGCGCUCCGUGGCUCUGGAGCAGGCUGAGGGUUCGCCCUCCAACAUGGCCGCUCCCUCCUCCUCCGGCGGCGGCGGCGGCGGCGGCGGCGGCGGAGCCCAGAAGAACGGGAAGGUGAUUUCCACGGUGACGGACUCGGCGGACCAGCCCAAGCUGAAGGGGCAGGGGAAGAAGAGGACGAGGUUCAGCAUCAAGAGACACCUGCAGAAGCACGGCCUGGCCCAAGCCGACAGCGUGAGCAGCGUGGAGAGCGCCGACGACAGUUGGUCCAACAGCGUCACCAGCCAGCACAAUCUGAUCCCCAAUAGGCUGGCAGAGCUGACAGCGGCCACUCCCAUUGGCCAGUGUCAGGCCGGGAGCGGCUCUGUGCGCAGCCUGCACACCGGGGUCGGAGAGCUGAUCGGAGACACGCGGUUCUGGCACGGAAAAGAUUAUUGCAACUUCGUCCACAAAGACUGGAUCCAGCUGGACAAACCGUUUGAUGAUUUCAUAGACCGGCAUACAACUCCCAGAAUGCCUUGGCACGACAUCGCCUCCGUGGUUCAUGGGAAGGCGGCUCGCGACGUGGCCCGGCACUUCAUCCAACGGUGGAACUUCACCAAGAUCAUGAAGCCCAAGUACCGCUCUCUGUCGUACCCGUACCUCCUGCCCAAGUCGCACACCACGGCUGGGGAGCUGCGAUACCAAGUCCCCAACUGCAUCCCCACCAAAGUGCAGAUCCUGCGGUCGGCGUCCGAUUGGUCGGCUGGCAUCAAGUACCACGAGGAGUCCAUCCACAACGCCUACGUCCACGCCAUCAAAAACAGCCAACACUUUGUCUACAUAGAGAAUCAGUUCUUCAUCAGCUGUGCCGACAACAGACACGUUUUCAACAAGAUAGGAGACGCGAUCGCCGAGCGCAUCAUCAGAGCCUACAGGGAAGGUACAAAGUAUCGCGUGUACGUGGUGACGCCGCUGUUGCCGGGCUUCGAGGGAGACAUCAACACCGGAGGAGGCAGCGCCAUCCAGGCUGUCAUGCACUUCAACUACAGGACGAUGAUCAGAGGAGAUCACUCCAUCAUCUCCCAGCUCAAGAGAGAGAUGGGAGACCAGUGGAUGAACUACAUCUCGUUCGCUGGGCUGCGGACGCACGCCGAGCUGGAGGGCAAGCUGGUCACCGAGCUCAUCUACGUCCACAGCAAGAUGCUCAUCGCCGACGACAACACCGUCAUCAUCGGCUCUGCCAACAUCAACGACAGGAGCAUGCUGGGAAAGCGGGACAGCGAGGUGGCGGUGAUCGUGGAGGACUCGGAGACGGUGGCGUCGGUGAUGGACGGACAGCCGUACCAGGCGGGACGCUACGCCCUGCAGCUCCGCCUCGACUGCUUCAGGAUGAUCCUGGGUGCUAACAGAGACGCCUCCAUCGAUGUGUCGGACCCCGUCAGCGACCACUUUUACAAGGAGGUGUGGAUGGCCACCGGCGCUCGCAACGCCACCAUCUACCAGAAGGUUUUCCGCUGCCUGCCGUCCAGUGACGUCCGAAACAUCCUGGAGCUGGACAGCUACCGGGCCAAGCCGGGCCUGGAGAAGGAGGACCCGGCCCGCGCCCACGAGGAGCUGAGGAAGAUCCGCGGCUUCCUGGUCCAGUUCCCCCUUCAGUUCCUGUCCGAGCAGAACCUGCUUCCCCCCAUCGGCUCCAAGGAGGCCAUGGUGCCCAUGGAGGUCUGGACCUGAGACGGGGACACACACACACACACACACACACACACACACACACACACACACACAGAUACACAUCAUGCAGAGGCUUUCAGUGUCAUAACGCGCCCUCUGGUGGCCAUAAUGGAGGUUCUCAGCUUUAACAGAUUUAGCUGAUAUUCUAAAGUCAUUUUUAUUUGUACAAAAAAUAAAUAAAUAGUUUUGGCCAGAGGACAUGUUCCUGUCAACAGAAUUGAACUGGAACUGGUCAUUUCUCCAUAGAAACACAUCACUAAUGUCCAACCAAAACCUUGUAUCUCCUGAAUAUCAACUUUUCAGAAAUGAAGGAAAGGAGUCUUGUCUUUAUAAUUGACCACUGUACCUGUUUCAGUUUAUAUAAACACUUUUGUAAAGGUUUCACAGCCCCAAGGCUUGUGGAGCUGUCUGAACCCACAGACAAGCACGUAAAUACCCAAAUUAAGCUAAAACGUGAAAAUCACUAAAGUGGAGAUACUAGGUUUUCACUUGACAGCGACAUUACAAUCAGUUUUGUGUAACAGAUCCUGUUAUCUGUUCAGCUAACAUCCCCGUCUCGUACACACAUCUGUUUUGUAAACUAGCUGUGCUAACAGGCUAACGACUAAAAGCUGCACUGUGUGUUAAAGUCGAGAUGGAAUUAAAAAUGCCUUUAAAACGCUUUUAAAUCACAUCCCUGCUCAUAUUGUGCAUCUGUUUAUCAAGUUGACACUUCCAAAAAUCUAUUUCUUUGUAUUCUUAGAUCAAAAUAUAUCAGUUUUUCUUCCUGUACAAUGAAAUAUUAUGCGUGCUUACGUGUGCAUGAACCAGCUAAUUUCAAACAAUAAUAUAAUGACAUCCACCUGUCAGUCAGUCUUCUGCUUUUAGCGGCAAUGAGCUUUGAUUAGCUAGUUAGCCAGUUAGCAACAGUAUCUCGUGUCUUCAGUUGUUUCCCGCCUUUUUUGAGUCGCUGUAAAUCCCCAUGUUUGUAAAGACGCGCCCUUUUCUUUUUCCAACGUUCAAAUCAAAUUCCCAGCGUCACGUCCCGCCUGUAUAUCCUGUUUCACCAGGAAACCCGUCACCAUACGGACAAUAGAUGCUCUCAAAAUGCCGUUUUAUCUGGACUUUAGCACCAGUCGGUUCGGUAAAUUAGCCUGCUGGCUAGUUAGCGAGCUAGCCGACAGUUAGCUGGAUCUCACAGCUUGCCGGGACCUUACUUGUCCACUUGCCAUCAAAUAUAUCCACAUCCACUGAUAUAUUGAAUUAUCUAAACCAGGAAAUUUAGAUGUUUUCAGUGAAGACGCUGGUAUGCUAAUCAUCAUGACUGCAUUUUUGGCGGGGCGUGUUUUAAUGGCUAACAGCAGCGAUGACAGGCUAUAGCUUCAAAAACCAAAAACAGCAAAUGGGCCGAGUGUGAAAUUUGAUCAGAAUCUGGGAGGAAAUAAGAAGUGAAACACGGUGAAAUUAGGACAUUGAUUAGCAGCUAGGAUUAGCACGCUAACAGUACCACAACAACCUGUGUUACCUUGCUCCAUGUUUGUAGCUGCUUGUUUCAUAUUUAUUUUGAUUAUUUUUUGCAUAAUUUGUACACCUGGCCUCCAUGACGGCACCAGACGUGGCUGCAGGUAGAUUUAAUGGUCCAGCUGCAAAGCCUCUGCACCAUCAGGACCACUGAAUGCACCUCAAUGCAUCACUAGUACAGUUACACAUACACAUGCACAUAACAACUUACACCGAACGCAUACACACGGACUCAUUUAACACGCAAUCACACAUGAACAUGAACAUGAACAGAACUCUACCAGCAAACGGAGCAUUGAACUCUACAGUGCCUGACAAACCCGGGCAUCGACCUCACGUUUACACGAAAACAGGA